UACAUUCUAAUGUGCACACCAUGAAUUGUUACCAGAUAAGACACCUACAGGGAAAAGGGUGUACGGAAUGGACAAGCAUAGGACAGGGGCAGGCAAGAUAGUCCGGUACCGCAGCGGGGCAGUUCUUCGCAUACCCGGUACCCACCCUGGUGCCACCCCUCCCCCGCCGUCACACCCAGGGCAGAGGUGGACAGCGGGCGAGUGGUCAUGUCUGGAGGAUUUCAGGUACCACUGAACAUACCUCCUCCAUCAUCAUCAGCCUUACCUCAGUUACCUCAAACCUACCUCAGCUACAGGAAUAAUUACAGUGUUACCUCAUGACUUUGUUACUAGACUUUUGUGUGACGACGGACUCAUUAUGAGCGGUGUGAACAAGAAUUACCUCCCUUCUCGACGGAUUAUGCCAGUUUACACGACGGUAUCGCCCCCUGUGACCGGCGCACCCGUGCCGGCGUUCCCCUAUGACGCGCCCGUCACCAACUCCACCCCUCCCACGAGCGGAGCCUACGCCAAGAUUCAGGUGAACCCGAAACUAUCGCCAACCGCACCUUACACUAAGGGGCCCGAAUUCCCUUACGACCCCCCGGACAUGGGCAAAACGGCCGAGUACCACUACGCAACCAGCUUGCAGAAUGGAACGAAAUCGUCUCCGACAUCAGCGACAUCAGCGGCAGCGGCGGUCGCAGCGGCCGCUGGGUUUAACCGGCUUUCAGAGAGCGUGAAGUCCGGAGCAAUGACCAUGGCUGGGUAUUCAAGAAUGCAGGAGUUUCCGUACGGGCUGAGUGGCGUGGCAAUGCCCAACUACAACUACAGCAGCGAGCUCUACAGCUACGUGUCCAACGGCUUCCCACGCAAGUCGCGGAUGUGCAGCUACUGCGGUAAAGUCUUCACGCGGUCCACGACACGACGGUACCACGAGAAACGCUGCCCGCUCCUCCGAGCCGCUGGGAGCCUGAUGAAAACAUCGGAGGCACAGCACACAACCGCGGGAAGCAGCAGCAACAGCAAUGCCAACAGCUCGUCAACGACGAUAAAGCCGUCGUUUUCCGAUACGUCUCUGAGCUCUUACUGCUCGAAUGCUUCGCUACCUCCCAUCUCGCCACACGCCCCUUACUAUGCUCACUUCCCGCCAGCUUACGCAUCUACCUCAAUGUCAGCAGUCGCAUCGGCCAUCGAUCAGAACCGCAACUCUGUGUCGGACAUCAAGACGGAACCAUGUGACCCUGCCGACCUCUCAACAUCAAUGUCGACGGCAGCAGCAGCAACGACAAUGGUUACUGGGUCGCAGAGCGCCAGUGGAGAGGUCAGCACGACGCGAUUCACACCAGAGUACGAGUCGGGGUCGCUGCAGCCUACAACGCGCAUGCUGUUCUCUCCGACGACGACGACGACGACACAUCACGGCAGAGGGGCAUCGAUGUCGCCCAUUUCCAUGGCAGCAGAAAGUCUUCCGCGACCGGGAAGCAACGAUACGGGUGAAACAGAUAUUUACAGAUCUGAUGACACGGAGAACGUUAAUGAUCUCGAACACACUGCUGAUGAUUCCAGUUACCGUGUCAUCGUCGCGUCAUCGGCGGUGGCAGCCGCGUACCAGCGUCGUGUUGACCACGAGUCGCAGUCAGCGCUGUACAUCUCAGAGAGCGGAAACGGGUCUUACGAACAUCUAUCUCAGGGUAAAAAUGGUGAUACGGGUGAUGUUGAAGAGGAUGAGGAUGAUGAAAAAAACAGUGUGAGAACCAACAGUGUUGUUGAUAGACAUUCGACGCUGCUUGCACAUGCGCAUCAUGCGCACUCUCUUGCCAACAGGUGCAGUAUUUGCGGGAAAGUAUUCGAGACGGCACGGCAGCUACACGCUCACGAACAGCUCCAUACCAAGUUCAAGCCAUACGCAUGUCGGUUCUGUGGCCAGCGUUUCAUCAAAGUGUCGAUGCGCAUCGCGCAUGAGCGGGUCCACAUCGGGGAAAAGCCAUACGUGUGUGCCAUCUGCGGGCUGACGUUCACACGCAAAUACAGUGUGCGCCUGCAUAUGCGGAGGAGACACACAGAGGGACCAUGUCUGUGUCGGUACUGUGGGAAGACCAUCUACAACCUGCACUCACUGAAAACGCACCUACUCGCUCACAACUUGCCCAAGUCGGAGAAGGAAUCUCUGUUCUACCUGAACAUUUCGCCGCUCACCGAGAAAGGCAAUCUGUCCUCGGAACAUAUGUCGUCAAUUCCGAGCAAUGGGCAGCAGAAGGAGGGUGGUACGGGAGAAGAUGGUGAUGAUGGGAUGGAGAUGCUCGGGAAGAAAGGAGGAGGAGAGAGUGUUGAACAGGAGUGGUGCAAGCUAUGCGAGAAGGUCUUCCCAAAGUCAUUCAUGCGCUACCACGAGCGCAUCCACGCCGACCAGAAGCCGUAUGAAUGCCCGACGUGCAAGAAGCGUUUCGGCUACAAGAACAACAUGAAGUCUCACAUGAAGCUGCAUGAGGGAAUCAAACCGUACCAGUGCCACGUGUGUGGGGCCAAGUUCACGCGCGGGUCAACCCUGCGCCGCCACGCCCGCAGACACGGGAUCUUCUCAGACAGCGUGUGGGACUUCUUUGUGCAGAAACGUAAAGCGGCGAAGAAGGAGGAGAAGGAAGCUUCUCUCCAACAGGCAUCAGUUCAAGGCCGUUCGUCGUCGCCGGACGUAUCCAGCACGCGGUCGAUUCACGUGGACGCAGCGACGACGGCGGCUAAUCCCGACAGCUCGCGCAAUUACGACUCGAUCCCUUACACCUCUCCGACGGAGGACGGCAGUGGCAGCCUCUACAACAGCUACACGCCAGGUGCAGUUGCAGCAGCAGGAGCGACAAUGUCGAACGUGGCUCACAGUAUUUAUUACACCUAUCCAACUACCUCGCCGUUCAGUGUGGAAUACUCCUCGUAUAUCCCUAGUCAGGCCCCUCAGGCCGACGCCCUCAACCUAAGCAUCCACGACAACGUGGGCAAAUCAAAACCGAUCGUCAGACACCUGGACAACGUCGUCAGACACCCUGACGAUAAUGUCGCUCAGGACGUGCACCACCACCACGCUCGCAUCGACGAUAUUUCCGACCCGGACCCGGACUCCCCCGACGACGGCCACACUAAUAUGUUGAUGAACAACGGCCACGACAUUGGUGUGCAGGUCAACCUCUGCUGCUGUGACCAACCUCCACCUCUCCUGACCGUCUCCAGCCUCCUGGCCUUCAACCCGAGGCUGAUGAGUCCGGAGGAAGCGGACGGGUCCCAGACAUCCAGGACCAGUCCAGUCGGGCUUGAGGGGUCGCAGGCGUCGAGGACCAGUCCGUCAAGAACCAGUCCAUCGCUGGUGUCGGCUGAGGUCAACAUGCAGGAGUCCAUGUCGACGCUGCUGCUGUCGGGAAGGCUGUUCCGGUGCAGUCACUGCGAGUGUUUCUUCUCUGAAUAUGCAAUGUACCGGAUCCACCAGAAGCUGCACGCCCACAAUGCUGAUCAUCCAUUCAUGUGCCCCACAUGUGGGGAGGACUGCCACGACCGGAUGUACUUCUCUCUGCAUCUUCUAGAACAUCUACGGUAGAUGAUGUCAUGUGUACAGGAGAGGGGAUAUACUUCUCUCUCACGUGCAGUGGAUGGGAUUGUCUGGGGAGGGGGAGGCCUAUUAUCAUGAAAUGUAUUUCUAUUUGUAUAUUUUAAAACAUCCACAGUAGAUAAUCGCACAUGUAAGGAGAAGAACGGGCCUCCUUAAAUGUCAGAUGUAUUUUUCUCUGCAUAUUCUAGAACAUCUACGGUAGAUGAUUACACAUUCGGGUAGAGACUGGGGUCUGUAAUUUUAAGAUAAUACAUUUCUAUCUGCAUCUUCUAGAAUAUCUACGGUACAUGAUGACACAUGCAGAGGGAGGGGACCUAUUAUCACUGGAUGUAUUUUUCACUGUAUCAUUUUGGACAUCUACGGUAGAUUGUGGCAUUUGAUGGGAGGACUUAAAUGAUCAGAUGUGUACAGUAUCUCUCUGCAUCACCAAGAACAUUUACGGUAGAUGCUGGCACUUUAUGAUGGGACAGUGUAUGUGAUAGAGGAUUGGCAGCCAUUACGGUUGAUAAAAUGACGUAGUGCAUUAUUCACAUUAAGAGUACGGCAGUACUCGUGAUGUGGGACAUGUUAAAACAUAUGUUGCUGAAACAGCGAUACUUCAAAAUGGUAUCGUUCGGUUGUGUAAAUUACAAAAUACCUCAAAACAUUGACUUGAAAAAAAAUAUUGUUGACAAAAGAAUACCUCAUGUGAAUUACCUGAUGCUGGUUUUUUUAUUUGGUUUUUUUUUAUGAUUCUGUCGAUGGUUCCAGUUUAAUUUUGUUGAAUUACAGAAGAAUUGUCCCACUUUCCUAGACACUGAUAACAUAAAUAACAAAGCGUGACAUCACAAAAUGAUAUACUUUGAAAUUAGUAAAACAGAUUUGGUCAUUACGAUCAUCAGGUGUUAAAAUUUGAGGUAAAAUCUUCUCUGAUUAAUUCAGUCUGGUAUUGUGAUAAUUAAUUAAUAUUUAAAACACACAAAGUGUCAAACUGGCAGAAUUCGAACUGACUGCUCCAAUUUCUAAGGCAUUCGACAGCCCUCGACCUUAAACCAUGUGGUCUUUCACAAAACUUGAAGCCCAAUUAACCCUAGUUAAGAAAGCAUGUUGGCUGAAACUUGGUUUGAAACUAAUGUAACAGUUUGUAGUAAUAAACAGCAAUUUGUAAAUUGCAUCGGGGCUAAUGACGCACUCUGGGACUAAUAGUCGAACAGAAACGUCAACCCAGUCAAUAUAAUAUUUAAAAACCAAAACCCUCUUGAUUAAAGUUCAGGAAGAAUAAUAAAUAUAAUACAUUCUGCAGUACAAAAUUCCAGUUAAACAGUAUUAAUUAUGACUUGCUAAUAUUGUUAUCUGCAUGAAAAAAAAUGAGAGAAGAUCUUGUGUAUAUCUCGGUUGUUCCAAAGUCUUGAAAAAUUCUACCUGUAAUGCAACUCAUUAAAUUGGAAUGAACUUGUUUUGUCCAAAACGUCGACCAGAAUUCCUUGUGACAUUCUGGAGAAGAAAAUGUCAUCUAUUAUUUAUACAGCAUAAGAAACUUGAUAUAUCUGUUAUAUAUUUGUUUGUUGAUUACCGGGUGUAUUGUUUUUCAGUAUCAGGAAUUCACAGUUUGUGUGUGUGUGCAUGUGUGUGUGUGUAUAUGAAUGUAUGUGCGUGUGUGUGUGGUAUGUGUGUAUGUGCACACACAUACAUUAUAUAUAUAUAUAUAUAUAUUAUAUAUUCAAUAUCUGUACUUUUUAUUGUUGUACCUCCUCAUAUGAUUGGUCUCAGGUUUUUGUUUCUUAUCUAUAUGUACAGUCUGUGCUAUCUUCAAUGUUGCUGUUGGUAAGUUACAGCUGUUUUGAUUCUCCAAUACGUGCCUUAAUAAAUACUGCUGCACUGAAGGAGUGCCAUUUCUCCCAUAAUAUUUUAUGUUCUGUCAGUUAUAAAAUAUCAUUUAUUACAGUUUUGUUUUGUUUUUGGGGUAAGGUUCUUUUUUUAUAUUGGGGUUUUUUUUUGUGGGUUUUUUUUUUUUUUUGUGAAACUUACCACAACUUGUGCUGGACAAUGUUGCACUGUUAACAAAAUUUCUGAUUAUCUCCCUUUUGCUUAUACAAUGUACUGUCUUACUGUUGGUUAAAUUAUUUCAUUACUGAUUCAGUUAUCUCCGUACUCGUUUAAUUAUCUCACUAUUGGUUGAAUUAUCUCACUAUGGGUUACAUUUUCUCAUUACAGGUUAAAUUAUUUCACUGCGGGUUAACUUUGUUUACUGGUUAAAUUGUGCUGCUCAUUAAAUUAUCUCAUUACUGGUUGAAUUAUCGUUUUACUGGUUAAAUUAUCUCACUACCGGUUGGAUUAUCUCACUACCGGUUGGAUUAUCUCACUACCGGUUGAAUUAUCUCACUACUGGUUGAAUUAUCUCACGACUGUUAAAUUAUCUCACUACUGGUUGAAUUUUCUUAUUAAUAAUCAAAUUAUCUCCUACCUGGUUGAAUUAUUGCACUAUUGGUUGAAUUAGCUCCCUACUGGUUGGAUUAUCUCACUACUGGUUGAAUUAUCUCACACCUUGUUGAAUUAUCACACAACUAGUUUAAUUGUAUUUAAUAGUUACAUUAUCUCACAACUGAUAAAAAUAUCUUACUAAUGGUUGAUUUAUUUAAAUGUGCUGGUUAUAUUAAAUCACUCUACAGGUUAAAUUAUCUACCUGCUGCUUUGUAGAGAAAAAUUGUAAAGUUAAGUUUAAGUGUUACAUGAAUUGGGAUUAUUUAAAUUUUACAAAUUUUCAUGACAUUUCCAGUAACUCAAGACUCAUUUCUAGAAUUAACUUCCCUGUCUGGAAAUAUAUAUGGUUUGAGGUGGGUUUUUUGAGGGGUUUUUUAAUUUAUUUAUUUAUAUAUUUAUUUUGUUUUAGCAUACUGACAGAACAGAUAAUGUUGUGGGGGAAAUCCAGGUUUUUAUUUUUGACAGAACUGUACGUUUGACAUGUCAAUCACUUCAAGAACCUAAUGGUUGCUAUAGUUACGGUAGUUGUAAAACUGCUCAGAAUUGGUUUUACAGACUCAAAAUUACCAAACCAUUUUUUCAAAAGAACUUUGUGUGAUAUUUCAUUCAAUCAUAAAUUUAUUUUUAAAAACCCACAUUAUAUUGAAUUAACAGGAUUACGGUACCUCAAUCAUAAAACUGUUUAUUUGAAAAAUGUAGAAAAAAUUGCAAAUAUAUUAGUUGAAAAAGUAAAAUUCUUCAGGUUCUUAUCAAAAUGAAUGCAGUUUUCUUGAAUUCUUAUUACCGAUUUCGGAUUCAGAUUGGGCCCAGACUGUAAUGAACUGGACAAUUACUGUCGAUGGAUUUUUAUUUUCAAUACCUGAUUUGAAUGCAUCUUUGUAAACAAUUCAUUAUUUACGUUUCAUACUUCUUUUUCAUUUUUAUUUAUUUUGUUUAUAUCUCAGGAAUUUGUGCAUGUCACAUCUUUUAGCUGCAAAAUAUUUUCAGCAUUUAACAACAUUAAUGUUUUAAAGUUGUGCAUAUUUAAAACAAACAAUGCAAAUGUUUUACUUGUACUGCAGGUUGUGAAAAUGUCACCAACUAAAGGGCAAUAACUCCUAUUAGAGUUUCUGUUGAAAUUAUCAGACCAGUGGGGGGUUUUUUGUUUGUUUUUUCUGUAUAAUUAUGCCAAGAAUAUUUGAGUAAAUGUAUGGUACUCAAGUCCAUCUUUGAAUAAAAUUAUUAAUUUUUAAGUCCCUACAUAUGUGUUUGAGUAAAAUUAUAAAAAUUUUAGGUUCAUAUUUAAUUUUUAAGUCAAUACUUGAAUACAAUUAAAAAUUUUAUUUGAUUUUUUAGUAAAUAUUGACAAAGCAUUAACAGUAUAAAAAUCCUAUCUCUGUACAAAGUACAAAAACUGAUUAGCGGUUCUACAAACUAACAUGAUUGGUGUAUUUAUCUUCUUUUUUUUUUUUUUUAAUUUGUAUUUUAAAAAAAUGUUCACACCUUUAAGAGUAAAACACCUAAUAUCAUUUCUAUCUUUACUAAUUACCAUAGUAAUUAAAGUUAAAAGUUUGUUUUGUUUAACGAUACCACUAGAGCACAUUGAUUUAUUAAUCAUCGACUAUUGGAUGUCAAUUAUUUGGUAAUUUUGACAUAGUCUUAGAAAGGAAACC